UGUAGCGCGAACGAUUGGAGAUAUUCGACUACCUUUACUCUAGAGUAGAGUAAUAUAGAAUAGAGUAAAAGGUGGAGAUGGUCUAAGGACAACACAUAUAAUAAAAUAUACAGAAGUUGCUAAAGGGUAACCUCACCUGAGAAUUGUGAGAAUGGCGUUUGAGAUACAGAUCAUUGAAAAUAUUCUCCAUUAUCGCCUGUUUUGAGAACCUCUCACGCGGUUGAGGCUGGUCAUUCCAUCCAUUAUGCAAAAAUCCUCCGGUGAGAUUCAGAAAGAUAAAGCGUCAUUCAAACCCCUCGUGACCGCUGCGAAAUUCGACAUCGGCGCCGUCCCUCCGCCGUGAGAACAACGAGCUCCGACUUUCUAGUGCCGAUCUAUCCCCGCCGCGUGGCCUUUUUAACAUCUGUUACAAAGGUUGAAAUUUGUAAUGGUUAGUGUUUUAGUGUUCACUUGGAUAUGUGAGUUGCGAGAAGAUAUGAACUGAUUAGAGGAAAAACAAUUCUCCAUGAUAAACUAUCUUGUUGCGGUUUGUGCGAAAAUGAAGGGAUAAUAAGCUGAGCUGCUGAGGAGGGAAAGCUUCGAGCUACGAUUGGUGAAAAGGAGAGAAAAGCAUUUGCUAGACAAACAAAACGUUGUCGUUUUGUUCUGCUUGAGAAAAAAAAAAUAUGAGGGCAUUUUGUUAAAAUCAACAAAGGGACUCGUGCUCAUACACUGAGGGUUUUUAUUUAUUUUCUCCACUUUUUCAACUUCUCACACACUUUCACGACGCAGCCCCGUCCGCUCUUUCUUCGUCUCAACUCCAGUUCACGCCGCCCGCCGGAGAGGAAAAGUGUUCGACGUCCGCCUCAACCUUACCUCAAUCUCCGCCUCGACCUCGCCUCACGCCGCCUCCGUGUCCUCUCUUAUUGAAUGCUGAAGCAAUCGAAAGCAAGAGCACCUUUCAAUCUCUUAGCUGAAAUUUGAGGUUGAGGAAGGUUUUUCAUAGCCGGCUUCUGGAUUUUUAAAAGUCUCAUACAGAGCAGUGAGUCUUGGAGUGCGACAAGAAGAUGGAGAGACCAAAGAAGCAAGUGCUACUUUUCCACUGUGUGGAAGCUGAAGAUUUGGCACGGAAGGUCGCAACUCAUUCAGACCUUAUCCAGCUACAAUCAAUCAACUGGAGGAGUUUUGAUGAUGGGUUUCCAAAUCUUUUCAUAAAAAAUGCACAUGAUAUCCGAGGACAACAUGUUGCAUUUUUAGCAUCUUUCAGCUCGACAGCCGUUAUUUUUGAACAGCUUUCAGUUAUUUAUGCUCUCCCAAUGCUGUUUUGCGCCUCAUUUACAGUAGUGCUGCCUUUUUUUCCAACUGGUUCCUUUGAACGAAUAGAAGAAGAAGGUGAUGUUGCAACCGCAUUUACCUUGGCUCGGAUGCUAUCCAACACUCCUAUCUCCAGGGGUGGUCCCACCAGUUUAGUUAUCUAUGACAUACAUGCUUUGCAGGAAAGAUUUUACUUCAGUGAUACUGUGUUGCCUGUGUUUGAGAGUGGAAUCCCACUUUUGAAGCAACGGCUUCAGCAACUUCCAGAGUUAGAUAAGAUCAUCGUUGCAUUUCCUGAUGAUGGAGCUUGGAAAAGAUUCCACAAGCUGCUCGAUCAUUUUCCUAUGGUCAUCUGCAACAAGGUUCGGGAAGGAGACAAGAGAAUAGUUAGAAUAAAAGAGGGUAACCCUGCAGGCUGCCACGUUGUUAUCGUUGAUGACUUGGUGCAAUCUGGUGGCACCUUAAUCGAGUGUCAGAAAGUAUUGGCAGCUCACGGUGCUGCUAAGGUGAGUGCGUAUGUCACACAUGGCGUGUUCCCGAACAAGUCAUGGGAGCGAUUUCUUCACAAAAAUGAUGGUUUAGAGAAGGCUUUCACCCACUUUUGGAUCACUGACUCGUGCCCAGUUACCGUGAAGGCUAUCAUAAACAGAACACCAUUUGAGGUGUUGAGCCUUGCUUCUUCUAUAGCAGAUGCACUCCAAAUCUGA